UUUAUUGAUUUUUAAAUGACUCCUGUCGAAGGGGAAUCCUACAGGCCUCCGAAUAUCGAUGGCAAGGUCCAGUUCGAACAAGCCGUCCCCAUGCCUAAAUUACCUCAGUUGGAAACAUGCUGCUGUUGCUGCACCACAGAAACGGGGAGCAAGAUCAUUGGCUGGUUGAUGACGAUAGUAUAUAUUUUCAUGACAAUUACAACUGGCUUCUGGCUAGUUUCAGCAGCGAUGCAUGUUGGUGAAGAAAUACCUACAUCACCCGACAACAGCACUCCACCCUAUAAGAUUGAAAAAAUUGAUGUCUGGCAGGCGGCUAUAGGGUUUGGUCUCUCUUUGCUGUCAUUGGUACUUGGCAUCUACCUUUUACUUGGUAUAGCAAAGAGGAACAUGAGUUACGUCAAGGUUUGGUUGACUUUUAUGACGAUCUACCUCGUCAUCUUUGCAUUCUUUCUCGUCCUGACUGUAGUACAAAGUAUCUCAUCUCAUAGCGUCGGUCCUCUUGUCAUGGAGUUAAUUAAUUUCUGUAUUUUGUCAUAUUGUGUUCUUGUGGUGUACAGCUUUUACAGAGAUCAGAGACAAAGCCCCUCUGCAAACUACUAAAAUAUAAAUUUUACCCUUUUUUUAUUAAUACUUUUAACUCUCUAUUAUGUAAAAAAAAAUAUUUUCUGUAAAUUGUAUUAAUUUUUUUCAGCAUAUUAAUGUAUGUCUUAUAUAUCGCUAAUUAAACGAUUACCUGUAAUUUUUUUUGUGCUUAAAAUGGCCAAUAUAAAAG